CCCCCCCUCCUACCCCCCCACGGCUGGGUGACACAAAGAGGCCGAGCCAGAGAGAGGCCGCUGCCGUCAUGAGACUUUCCUUUGUAUCGGAUCCACAGCGUUACUCUUGAGGCCUCCUUUGCUCUGGUGCCAAAUCAGCGGUUCACAAUGAGAGUCAUGAGAUGAGCCUGCGAACAGCACUGUCCCUGCAGUUCCUGCCAUUUGAUAUUUACUGAUCCAUAGGAGCCAGACGACGAUGCCCCUGUCUCCCAGAUAACGUUUCUGAGGACCAGGCCUUCACUGCACACAUUCUGAACAAUGGCAGGAGAGACUCAGCGAACGCUUUCUGUCAAAGAGCUGGCCGCUGAGUCCAAACUGCAGGAUGAAGGGACAGCGCUGGAACAGCAGAGUGACAAAACCACAAAGGAGUUUUCCGAGCACUUUUCAAGCACAGGCACUGAGGCCAGAAGCAGCGGCGAAGGGGCCAAAGUUGAAAAAGUAGAGAAGGGACGGGACUGCCCUCAGCAGCGUGAGGCUGUCAUACGGCCACAGCAGACAGGGAAGAUUGACUUCAGGUCACUGCAGAACCGAUCCAAAUUUUCCACGGACAGGACUUGGUCGAGUGGCAAAGGCAGCCCCCAGUCCCCGAGUGGAAAAGGCCGCAGUCGGGAGAAGGCGAAGCGGUCAGGGAAGACGGAACGCGCCAACCCGCAGCAGCUGUACAGACUUAGCAUUACAAAUCCACGCUCCAACCCCACCAUUGGUAUUGCUUACCCACAGCAGAAGGCCGCGCCACCCAAGAAGUCGGAGACCAGUCGUGGCUCAGUUUCGGGCAGCUACAGAUUCCACGUUCCCAGUAUACCAGAGAGAGAGGCCGAACUACAGCAAGAAGAGCUCAACUUUGGCCACUGCUUCCAGGAGGCCUCGUCGAACCUUACUCCCCCAAGCUUUACCUCACAGGCCCUGGUUUCUUCAAGUGGAACGUCAUCUCACCCACACCCCCCGCUGUCACAGCAGCAGUCUGCUUCCAUGGAGAACAACGGCACACAGCCCGGCAGUCAGCUGAUCCUGACUGACUUUCAGCUGAGCGGCUCUAGUGUAUGGAAGUCUCCUGAAAGGACUUUUAAUGGUGCUAACUAUGGGCUGUCAUCACAAAAAUCCACUGCCCUUACAGAAACUAAUAAGGCCUUUUUGCAUGGUCCGUAUCAAUUUGGAUAUAAUUUUCUUGAAGAAUCGGCCUCCGACUCUGUCAGCGAACAGAACCUCCAAUCCCAAGACUUUACAACCUCCUCACAAGGUUCUGUUCAUUUGACCCAGAACUCUUUUUCCUUUACACCUGGAGAAGGGCAACACAUUUCUCAGAACAGCACUCAGUUCAGCAAUGAACAGCAGCCCGAGGAUAGAAGUUCAAAUUCUCAACCCCCACAGUCACAGUUUGUUCAAGGGGUAACACCCUCCAUCCAGUGCCCACGGAGUCUGAGUGAGGACUCAGCCGGUAGUGAAAGCUCCGGCUCCAGCUCCCAGCAGUCAGAACAGGGGAAGCCCGCUCUGUCCAACAGCACAGACACUCUGGCACAGGCAGACAGCAGGGAUGCAUCCAUCACCCUCGGUAGUAAGAGGAACUGUCACCCUCAAGACACGGCUGCCAACCAGAGAGCACACAUUCACGGAAGUGUGUACCAUGCAAGAACUAUGUCACAAAGUCCAGGUUCUCAAAUGCACUUUCCCAGCAAAACAUUUAGCACACCUCGAGUCACUAACAUUCACACAGGCAUGAUUUCUUUUGACAAAAACACCAAUAACAAGGUUUUAAAUAGGUUACCACACUCGUGGGAGGGGUCUAAUAAGACACAUUUACCAGUUGACCCAAACACUAUUCAGUAUUCUGAUAUGAAUGACAAGUAUCAGUUUCAGAACCAGCCAGCACUUGAUCAAAGGCCCAACUCAUCUAAAAAUAGCAGAAUGACAGGUCAGCAGAUACGACCGAACCCGACCCUGUCGAACCAAAACAGAAAUGACUUAUGUAGGCAAAUAAACAAUCAAAAAUUGCCUUAUAUAGUUUCCCCUUCUGACUGGCAGGAAGAUAGCAAAGUAAAUAAGCAAAGCUCCCUGGAAAGUACGAGCUUGUUUCAGAACGGCAGAACCUGUGAUGGGUUUUCAAACCAAAGACAGGAGACUGUAAAACAUAGCAGUAAAACCAUAGAGAUGAGCCACGCACAAGUAUGUGAAUCCAAAAACAAGGCGGUGUAUUUUGGACUCAACCAGUCCAUUCCAGCAGCAUCAAGAAACUACAGCUACCCUCCAUUACAGGUCCCCCCCAUGGGACUUAUGAUGGUGUCACCGUACGAGUCUCCUUUGCCCUCGCCGGUCCACAACCCUGCAUCCAGUAGUACCUGCUCUUCCCUCUCCCCGGCCUCUUCCAGUCCUGUUAACAUCAGUUCAGAGGACAGUCAAUUGUCAAAGUCGGCACCCCCUCACACAUAUUAUCACCAGGCCCAAGCCAAAACACAGUUACUGUCAGAUCACCUGAGCUCUCACCCUCACCACUUUCAUUCAGACACUCCAAGACACCUUUCCUACGCGCCAGACCGAGCCAAAGACGACAUGAUGAACUACCUGCAAAGCAGCACACAUCCAAAGACUGCUCUGGAUGGGAACAAAGGUUACAUGGACAGUUUUGGACUGCAGCACCAUCAGCCACCACCACCAUACUCUGCACAUCAGUUGUUAGCGACGUCAUUAGCCACAGCAAAUCUCGACCAGUUAGAUGUGGUUCUGAAGUGCAAGCAGUGUGAUCAGAAUUUCAACAACAUGGCUUCCUUUCUAGGCCAUAAGCAGUAUUGUUCUCAGCAUAUGUUUGCUCAAAACGACCUCAAAGACAUAUCAAAGAUGGACGACAGUAGAAGGUUUCAUGCGGAGCCUGCAAAAGCACUGUCGUCUGUUUCAAAUUCUCUGAUGUCGAGGUGCGCAUCUGACCUUCACCUUUCUCUGUUGGGCCUCAAUAAAAAUGGAGAACUGAUAUCUGACAGUGAAACUAAAGGAGAGAACAAGGACGAUUCAAUGAAACUCAACUUGUUCUCUGGUACGGGUAACCUUCCCGUCCCCCUCCCUGAGCUAGAAAUGGAGGAUGCUAAGCUAGACAGCCUAAUCACAGAAGCCUUAAACGGACUGGGAUAUCAAUCAGACAAUGCGGAGAUAGACAGUAGCUUUAUCGAUGCCUUUGCUGAUGAUGACCUCACUACUGUCAAAGCAGCAUCCAUCAAGCAAUGCCAUAAAACCAAAGAAUCUCUCAUCUUUGAGAGCAAAAGCAAACAAGCAACAGAGGAUGACAGGUCUUUCAAACAAGAACAGUAUUUCUAUGACCCAGAAGUUGAGAACUCUGACACGAAGAAACAGUACACUGAAAGCAAACGUGAAAAAAGAUCUCUGGAACAAGACGAGAAGAUUGUUAUAAGAAAAGAAGAAUCUCAAAAAAACUCAAGAAUUGCCUCAAGGGGGAAGACGAGAGAACACGAAAACAAAGUGAAAGAGGCAAGAAAACUGUGGAAGAGUGAGGAUGAUGACCAAAGUGCUCAAAGGUCUCUCUUAUCCAGCAAACUCUCUGAGCGUUGUGGUGUUAAAAGCUUCCCAGACAGCGCCGCACAUCGAGGGUCAACAACCUCCCCGGCGUCCACGUCUCCAACCUCAAGGACCGCAGUGAAAGACAGCAAGAGGAAAAGCACAGGAGGGGGCACCUGGAGUAAAGAACUUAUUCACAAAAUAGUUCAACAGAAAAAUAAGCUCCGUAAACUCCAUGUUAAGGGUACGAAAAACCUCCAGUUUUCCUUAGUGAUGGAAAGACUAACUCCCACAGUACAGAACCCCGCUUUUGGUGAAUACGACUAUGUCUCGGACUCAGAUGAGGAAUGCGAGUCUGUUAAGAUUGCAAGCCAAGGUCGGCUGAAUGAAAGCAACCGGUGUAAGUACACAUACAGCAAAGAGUGCCGAUGGCGAGCGAGGAGUGAGAGGGACCAGGCAGCAUGGCGGCACGAGUCAAAGGAGUGUUUUGAGGUGAAAAAAAGCGAGGAGGUUUCUCUCUCGCCGGAGAAACAUGGCGCUCAGCAGAGGCUCAGGAGAAGGGGUAGCAGGUCCUCAACAAGCAGUGAACUCAGCACAUCUGUGAGUGUUUCCAGCGAUAGUAUAAACAGCCCCAAAAGCACUGAAUCCGACUGUGAGAAGAAGACAGACAGCAAAAGGAAAGAUUCUCCAGAGCAGAAAACAUAUGAAAGGACCUCCCCACAGAAGUCAUCUAAAGACUCUAGCACACUAGCACUAACGUUCACUAAAUCUGUCAAGAAGUAUAACUCUGACAAAGCUAUUCUUUCGGAUACCAAAGACAGUACACAGGACUCCAAAAACAAUAAUACCAAUGCAGAAGUUGCAGAAACGUUGUCAUCACCCCAAAAAGCAAAAUACACAAGCAAGACCUUUGAAAAAAGCAUAAGCUCUCAGGAUAAAAAAUUGAGAGAGAAGCUGGUGUCUCCCAGAAAAGAAGCUGGCACCACAGUCAUUUUAGAGAAAACAGACAAUCUCUGCCCCAAAGAAGAACCAACACAGUUUAGCAAAGCAGACAGCGAACCACGACAGUUUGAUUCACACUCUCCAACCAGCAACAACGAAGUUGACUUCAAUAUUGACAGAAACAGAAGGUGCAAAAGGACUGAGGAGCUCCAAGCUACACAAACACAGUCAUCGGAGAGCCCCGCAUUCGAAAAACAAAGUGACAACGUUUGCAUUGUGGGGGAGACGAUGACUUUAGUCAAUGACUUAAACGCACACAAGCAAGCCCUUUGCACUUCUUUGAUGGACGAGGUGUGCCUAUCUCCAGCUGAGAGCCAAGGCCACUUGAUACAGAAAGACACGCUCCACCUCCUGCCCUACCCACUGGAUCAGGAACAGGGGCUCUUGAAGUCCCCGCUUUCAUUUGACACCUCGGCGAUGUUUGGGGAUCUCACAGGAUUCGACAGUGGCCUCUACUCCGCUAUGCCAAUUCAGAAAGACAGUUUUCAUUCAAUUGAGAGCGCAGCUGAUAAAAAAGAAGAGUUUGUGUCCUCCUUCUCUCCCUUUCUGGAACAAAGAGAAUGGAACAUUUUGGUUAGCCCCGUACUGCCAGAUGAGAUAUCGCAGUACAAAGGCAGCUCUGAGAAAUCAAAUGAAAAGAAACCAGAUUACAGUCACGUUCCUUUGUCUCUGCCAGAAAAAAUCAUCGACUAUAGUGCACAUCUGCACAGCUGUGCAUCAGAGGAUGAGCUAGAGAUUAAAAGGAUCGUGACUGAGCUUGAAAACCAGCUGCAGUCGAAUAAAUUGGAAAGCCAACCGUUAGAAGCCAAAGAUGUACCUAAGCAACUGAAAAUGAGCAAAUUCUCACCUUUACGCCUGGGCGAUGGGUCGGAGAGCGGAGCCACUGGACUGGAUACCAGGUGCGCUGUGCAAACCACACAAGUAUCAGUGACCAAUUUCACUGAACCGUGGUCCAGUCCAUUCCAGUUUGAGCUAAUGGGCGGACAAAACACUUCGAUUCACAAUCAACCAGGGGUGAUUGAACAUUUCCAUGAAAAAGAAGACGAUGACCCAAAUUUCAUCUCCACUGCCUCUCUUAUUGAAAACCCACAGCAUCUCCAUGACCACGGACCAGUGGAGAGGAACGUUGAAAAUGAGACUUCAGUAGAAACAAAGGACGAGCUUUUAGAACAGAAAAGAUAUACAGAAAAUCUUAUGAAAAGCUUGGAAGUGAUAUCAGACUCUAUAUACAAAAACAAACCUGUUAUAUCAGAUAACGUGGAGCAAAAUGUCACCACUCUCACAACUCAACAACAUCACAAAAUUGAAUGUCAGGCAACUGAUGCAGGUGAGAGAGAAGAUCACAGCAAAAAUGAUGAAAUUACUGGGAAGGAGAAUAUAUUAUUACACCGAAAUAUCAAUAUCGAGCAAAAAUAUGAUAUUGAAUUCAUCCUGAAUGAGUCCCAGUCAUCUCUCUUUAACAGCAAUGACCCCAGAGUGAAUGGAACGCAGCCAAUGUCAUCACAGCCAAGUGAGCCCAUGGAAAUCAAUGAUAGCAGGGCUGAGACUAAAGUCUCAUCAGAAGAGGAAGUGUGCAAGAAUAGUAAUUUGAUCGAGUCUGCCCACUGCUCAAGUGUGGUGACACAUGACACAUGUGCAUUUAAAGAGUCCAGUGGGAACAGUAGAGCAGCAGCAGAAGAUAUGAAUCAGUUGUUGGGAAAUAAUGGUGACUGUUCGACCCCAGCCGGCUAUGAGGAAGCAGAAGCAGUGAAGGGAAUCACCGGUCAGUCUUUCAGCCUGUGUUUAUCACCAACUCGACCUGAAACAAGUCUAAACAUGGGUGAGAAAAGUCUUGGUGCCAUCGAGAAACAUUCCACCGAUCACCAUGUUAGUACUGGAGACCUUACUUUUUCACGUGCCAAAGAAUUCAAAUUGUAUUCAGACAGUGUGAACGAUGAAAUUACUGUUGAAUCGGCAAAAGAGGAAAACCUCAUUAAACUAUCUCCCUCUAAGAGCUACAGCCCAGCUUACGGUGCAGGUCCAACAACUGAGCUGUCGGUGGAGCCCUGCAGUCCAAUACUGAUGGAAGCCAAUGCAGAGAGCACUAGUCCUUGCUCACCCUUCAGAGACACCGAGUCCAUAGAGGGACAAAGUCAUCUGUUGGUUCUUUCGCAGUCCGAUGGCAUCAUUGACAGUGAUUCCUGCAAAGGUCCUCCGUUUAAUGGCUCGUUUGGUGACUCGAGUCUUGACUUCCGGAAACAAGAAGAGAUUUUAAUCGUACAGGACAUCAAAGAAGACCUUCCCAUUGAUUUCAUGGCAAGUCACCAAAACUCACCAUGCAGGGAGGAGGUUGAAGAAAGUCCCUGUCUCUUUCUGCACACUGCCACACCAACCUGUCCCCUUCUACCAACUUCUCCUCAAACACCCAUGCACAAAUGGAACACAGAAGCGGAUUCAUCUCAGUCACAAAGCAAAUGUGAUGAUGCCUCUGUUAUCCAUGGCUCAGUUACGAACAUGCAAUCCCUCAUAAACACGGAAGAAAACAGCAAAGUCAAAGAGGUUUUAAACAAUGAAGAACAUCUGAACACAACAGCCGAGUUGGAGUAUUCUUUGAUUAGCCCACCACUCCUCGACUUAGCGAACAUAGAUUGUAAAAUCACCAGCUCUGAAACCACCAUUACCUCCCCACUUCCAGUGACAAGCUCUGCAGAACCACCAGAAGUUGCUCACGGACUUGAAAGCGGAGAUGUGGUGUAUGAUUUGAAGCUCAGCCCGCUCAAUUACAACAGCAUUUCAGACGAACCUCCGAAACUGAAUCGAUACAACUUCAUAGCAAUUUCACUUGCCAGUACAACUGAAGAGCAUGCAGACCUUAAGCAGAGUACCAACAAUGUCUGUGAACCCUUCGACCUGAGAGUUAACCCUGGAAUACUGAUUUUUAACGAAAGUGAAACAGACGCGGUGCUGUCACUGAACCGAGACCCUGUAGCUCAACUGAAUUCAUCGGAUGAACUGGAACUCCAGCAGAGUGUGAAAUUCACAAGUUUUCCUGUGGGCCUCCCACCUGAAACUAAGAGAAAAGAUUCCUCAGAGAGUGAUGCAAAGACAGACUUGAACGUUUGCCAUGAUCCUGUUGGACCUUUUGAGCAUUUGGCUCUUCACGCUGACCCGCUGAAAAAGGAUGAAUUAGGGAAUUUGACUUCUGCUGAAGACAGGAAAGACAUUUCAGAUGGUCUACUCGCUCCAAAACCACUUGUCAUCUGUGAAAAUGAACAGAUGCCUCUUCCACCAGACCAAUCCGAGAAGCAACCAACGAUAGAGAAUGGACAGUGUUCACCAAUACACCAAACUCACCGAGAAAUAUCUAAAAAAAAGACCCACAACAACGCUCAACAGGGCAAAGAACUUUGUGAUCUCUGCCUCAUGUGCUUCAGAACCGUGCCAGGGUUAAAGAGACAUAAGGCCAUGAAACAUUCGGGCAGAAGUGAAAAACACAUUGGCUCGCAGAGUUCAAGCCAUCAGGGGACUGUGGAUAUUUAUGAAGCAUCCAAAGCUACCGAGAAAGAACAUAAAGAUGAUUCAGAAACCUGUUACCCAAGUAAAAUAGAUGGACCGCCUGAGAUAAGUAGCACCCUCAUAUUUAAAGCAACAGAGACCGAGUCAGUCCUUGAUGAAAUGGCGAUUGAAAGCAAUAUAGUGGCAGGGGGGAAAGUGGGCCACCAAAACCCUCUGCUGCCCACAAAAGCAAAGAAGAACAACAGAGUGAGAAAGAACAAAAAUAGUGAGGUAAACAUAAAGCCGGACUCUUUCUCAGAGGAGCUUCUGAAUCAAUUAAAAACGGACAUACUUCAAGCGAUAACUCCUGAAUUCCAAAGCAGCGGACUACAAAAUCUCCAGAAAUCGCCAGCAGACCAGGUGACGAGCAAUGAAAAAAUCUUUAAUGGCCCAGAGCAAUUCUCUCACCCCGUAACUUCAAACUCUGGCUCUGACAAUACGCCGCCAUCUCCAUCGAAACAGGCAAAUGAGCCAAAUCCAAUCACUAAUCUGGAAGAAGCUAAAUGCAAGAGCAUUACAGAGACGGCAAAUGGGGAAGUUAGUGCAGAUAACAUGGUUGAAAGUGCUGUAUCUGUAGACAAGGAUGUAAUCAGGCAACAUGAUGAGCCCAGGAAGAAGAGUCUGUGCGCUGUGGAAGAUGUGUGUGAACAGAAAGGAUCUGAAGGGAGCCUCGCUCAAGAGAUUCUUAGCCAAGUGGCUGGCAUCGGGAUAAAACGUGAGGAAAACAGCGUCCCUACAGAAGAGGCACAUCCUCUCUCCUAUUUGUAUUGUCCCCCUCCCAGUCCUGGCAUAAGUCCAGAACUGAAGGCCUUACUUGAUGACGACACCACAUUCUCACAGCUGUUCCCCAGAGAUGAGCAAGCAAAAAGGAAAAAGUGCCCAAGGGUCUACAGCAAAAGAAACAAAAGACUUAAACUAUCGCCUGAAUCAAAUAUGAAUGAGGAGCACCCGCCCUCAGAGACAUCGGUGCAAACUAAAGAUCAUCAAGAAGUAGAGCAGACAUUCACCGACAGCCAGACUAACCGCUGCGAAUAUGACACAAUAUCAACCGACGAUGCCAUCCUGUUGAAUAUGUGCCACAACAGCGCAUUAAAGACCAGCGAUACCCAAAGUGACCACCAGGGUGUUGGUGAGAACGUGUGCGAGGUUGGAAUCAGCCCCUCGGAUCCACUCGAGAGCACGGUUGAUAAAUCUUCAAUUGAAUGGAGUAGCUUUGAUUCAAGCUCAACGGUGACCUCUGACCCCGGCACCUGUAAAGCAGAAGAACCGUCUGCACCCUCCCCUGCGCCCCCACCUUCUGCCCCCUUACCCGUAGAGUCGUGCGUCACAAAGAGCGUUCAUACCUUCACCAGCAUUGACAUCCAGAAUGUCAAGACUACAUUUCAACUUCCUGAGAUCCACUUUCUCGACUCCAAAAAAGACGUUUCACUGGCUCCUCCCGCGGCAACUGUUGACGUGGAGAACAGAGAUGGCGAGAAGUCCAAGAGAGCGGUCGAGCGCCGGGGCAGAAAACGUCAAGAUUGUGGAAUAAAGGUAAAGGAUAAGCAGUACAAGUGCAAAGUGUGCUUCACUUGGUUCCUCACCCUGGGCGAGCUGAACUUUCACAAGCUCUCCCACAACCCUUCUCCACCUCCCACCUGCUACAUGUGUGUCCAGCGUAAGUUCAGCUCCAGGGAGCAACUGAGAGACCACCUGAGGGAGAAACAUGCCAAGAACAAGACAGGUUUCUGGACAUGCGGAAUGUGCUUGAAGGAGAUAUCAGACGUGUGGAUGUACAAUGAACAUUUACGAGAGCAUGCCACUCAGUUUGCCCGCAGGGGUCAGAGCCAAGGCUCCAUGUUGGGCAUUCCAGGCUGCUUCAUGCAGGAGACGGCCGUGAAGAACUUCAUCACCUCCAUCAUGCAGCACCGCCCCAGCAAAGCCAACAGAGAACCCAGCAAGGCCACUAAAGAACAGGAAAAGGCUGUUGUUGCAGACAGCGCUCCGGCAGAGGGAAAAACCUCGGGGGGGGCUGAGCCAAAGGUUCACAAAAGUAAAAGCGUCAGUGCAGCAGGUGGGAAGCAGAGCGCCUUCACGCCGCUCGAGGUCCUCCACAAAACAGACACACCUAAAAGUGUGGAGAUGCAUCCCAACUGCAAAGACCCCUCAAGAGACUGCCACCACUGUGGGAAACAAUUCCCCAAACCAUUCAAACUCCAGAGACAUUUAGUGGUUCAUAAUUUGGAAAAGAUUUUCCUGUGUCACAAAUGCCCCGUGUCUUAUCAGGAAGCCCAGGAGCUGAUAGGCCAUCUGAAGACUGCACACGAGGAGGUUGAUGUGCCAGAUUCAAAACACACCACCCUCUACACCUGUGAGCUGUGUGCCGAUGUCAUGCAUGUAAUUAAAAAAUCUUUCAUCUGCAGCACCUGCAACUACACCUUCUCUAAGAAGGAGCAGUUUGAUCGCCACAUGGAGAAGCACUUGUCGGGGGGGAACAAAAUCUUCAAAUUCCGAGGUGUUUUCAGACCUGUCAAGGCAGCCGCCUCCAAAGAAGAUGAAUGUGAUCCACUUGCAAGUAAAAGGAGGAGAAUCCUCUCUGACACUCUGCAAGAAAAUAGCUCAGACAGCGGCAUUGCCAGUGUGAGCUCGCUGAACCUAAAUCCAAACUCUGAGACUUCAAAGUCCUCUGUGUCCACCGCUGAGGACUCCACGCAGACGGCCGCAAGUGAAUAUCACCGCGACACAAAGACCACAAACGUGAAGACCGAGGACAUUGCUGAGGGUUACUCGGAACUGCUUGUCGAGCUGGACACCUCCAUUCGAAUGGGUUCUUCUGCUGAACCAAACAAAGAGGAACUUGAACCAGUCACCUCACCUCUCCUCGAAAAGGAGGGUAAUGGAAAAUCAAUCAGUGAGUCAUGUGACGUGAAAGAGGAGGAUGAGUCGGUUUGCAUCAGAGAAGAUGAGCUACCUUUGUCGGCGUCAAACAACAGUAGCAGUGUGGGGGAGGAGACUCUUAAGCCCGACGGAGGCUCUGCUCAAGGUGCCACAGCUGAGACUGAAAACACCGAUUCCCUUCCAUGUUGGGACUCUUUACCCGGCCUGAGAGAAAAUCGAAUCAUUUCAAAGACACUUGAGUCAAAGCAUGAAUUAGCUGCUGAUGUGACGGACCAGCAGAGAGAAGAUGUGCCGUGGCUCAACUCAUUGAAAGCUACCCACGAUGAUAGCAAACAGCCAACUUUCUCUCACUGUGGUGAGCAGGACUGUAGCAGUCUGAUCAAAGACAAAGUCGCCAGAACAACAGACAACACUAAAAACAGCAUCACGGAGUUCACACCAGUCCUCCACGCCAAGGGUUCCCUGAACGCUUCCGUCUCAAACGAGGACAAAGAAUCCGUGAGACCACAGAAGAAGAGGAAAGACUGCAAAUCCUUGCACAGCUUGCAACGCUUCUCCUCUACAGUCACGCAAGAGAACUAUGGUGUUGACUCUCGAGCCAAAAAGAAAUUCCGCUCCAGCAAGUGUGCAAAUCCCUCCGUGCAAAGGAAGACGGAUGGACCCAACGACUACCCUGUGCUGUCCUCUGUAAGGGAUGACGUCGUUAGCAACAAGAUUGUUUCCAAGUGCAAGACCUCAAACUUGUGUUUGCCGUCAAAAAGAAACCUGCUUGAUAGCUGCACACAAAAGAAAACUGAGAUCGUGACUCCUCUUAACGGGGAUUACAAAGCCAAAAAGGGACCUAUGGGUCGGCCUUUGCACCUCCCUAUUUCUAAAGUGUCUUCCGUUCCAAUGAACAAUUCUUUGAAUAAAUCUAGGCCAAAGCCGGGUGUUAGGUCAAUGGAGAGCCAUUCCUACAGGACAGCAGAGUCCCAAAACCACCUCUUAAGCCAGCUGUUUGGCCAAAAACUCACUAGCUUUAAGAUUCCCUUAAGAAAGGACACGUCAGAAUCUAUUAACUGAGUGGAGCUUGAGGGAUCUGUGAAUAGAAGACUGUAAAUUUCACAGUUAUAAAUGUUUAAGAAAAUUCCUUGUGGUGAAUGAGAUUGCACAGCUCUUUUCUGUGAAAUGCUAUCUUUAAAUACAUAGUCACUUUAUGUUUUCUUUGUACAUGUGCUUUUGUUACACAGUUGUGAGGACGAAUGGAAAAUAUGAAUUUUGGGGCAAAAAUGAAUUUGCUAGUUGGGAAAAUCAUUGAACUUUAUUCAGCUUCUUUGUUGGAUAUCAUCUAUUUCAGAGAUUAUAUUUCAUUUACUAAAAGAAAAAAAAAGAGAAUACUUGAAAAUACAGUAAAAUAUUUUCUUCUAAGAGAUGCAUGUUCAUUUUGCAUUUGAUCUUAUUAGUCUUAUCAAGUCAUUUUGAAAAAGGACCAAAUGAAAUCAUAACUGACUCGGACUAUUGUCUGUGCACCUUUCGUACAUGCUUUGAACGUAUUAGUUUUGUAUCAUUUUUUACUUUACUGUACUGCAUUGACAUUCAUUCAUCAUAUUAGCCUUCUGUAUAAACAUGGUGCUACAUUGUGUUUUAUUGUAAUGUGAAUGCCAAUGUCCUCGGAAGGGAACGUGAGAACUGUAGCAGUUACAGUACAUUCAAUCAAUUGUUUUUACUGGUUCUCUGUUGUUUAUUAACGAUACUGUGUAAAGCAUCCAAGUACUUCAUAUGUAGGCUGAUAGAACACAACAUUAGGAAAGCUUUCAUUGCUUAAACUCAGGUGCAUACAAGGACAUCACAGUCCCAGGACCUGUAUUCGGAGUUCUUCCCAUGCACUGAUAAUACCACACACAAAUCACAAACUCAAUCAUCUGUGUCUGUUACUCCAACUGUUUAAUUAUGAAUAGUAUUUACAACAAAGGUGCUUUAUCUUGUUAAUACUGUAUGUAUCUUAUAUUGUAUAAUAUUUUAGGUAGACUGUUGUUUUGGUGCAAUGCUUCAUGUCAAAGUUUUAUUUGAAUAAUGUGCAAAAGAUACGGAAGAGUGGAAAAAAAGGGAAAUGCAGUUUUAUGGUUGUUAAGUGGUUCACCAAGUGCCUCCUUUAUCGUUGGUUAAUAAAGAUCUGUAUUGGUC